AUGCGGGCAGGGAGGGCCGGGCCCUGCCCCUGCAGCGGGGGCCUGUUCCUGCUUGCCGCUUCCAGUGGGAGCUGCGCCAAGCCCCGGCCUGGCGGCCGCGUUCCCAGAGAAACAGCGAGGUUGAGCGCUUGGUUGGCGUCCUUGCCUCUCACCUGGCUCCUCCACGAGACAGAUUCAUUUGUGAACAGCCAGGAGUGGACCCUGAGUCGCUCGGUGCCUGAGCUGAAGGUGGGCAUCGUGGGGAACCUGUCCAGUGGCAAGUCAGCGCUGGUGCACCGCUACCUGACCGGCACCUACGUGCAGGAGGAGUCUCCAGAGGGUGGCCGCUUUAAGAAGGAGAUCGUGGUGGAUGGUCAGAGCUACUUGCUGCUGAUUCGAGACGAAGGGGGCCCCCCUGAACUGCAGUUUGCUGCCUGGGUCGAUGCUGUGGUGUUUGUCUUCAGCCUGGAGGAUGAGAUCAGCUUCCAGACCGUCUACAACUACUACCUGCGGCUCUGCAGCUACCGGAACACGGCGGAGGUGCCCAUGGUGCUCGUGGGCACACAGGACGCAAUCAGUGCCACCAACCCGCGCGUCAUCGACGACUCCCGCGCACGGAAGCUCUCCAACGACCUGAAGCGCUGCACCUACUACGAGACCUGUGCCACCUACGGCCUGAACGUGGAGAGGGUCUUCCAGGACGUGGCUCAGAAGGUGGUGGCUCUCCGGAAGAAGCACCAGCUCUCCAUCGGCCCCUGCAAGUCCCUGCCCAACUCACCCAGCCACUCAUCUGUUUCUGCAGCCUCCAUUCCUUCUGUCCACAUCAACCAGGCCACCAACGGCGGAGGAGCCUUCAGUGACUACUCCUCCUCCGUGCCCUCCACCCCCAGCAUCAGCCAGCGGGAGCUGCGGAUCGAGACCAUCGCUGCCUCCAACACCCCCACCCCCAUCCGCAAGCAGUCCAAGCGGCGCUCCAACAUCUUCACGUCUCGGAAGGGCGCGGACCCGGAGCGCGACAAGAAGGUGCCGGAGUGUAAAGCGGACAGUAUUGGCAGCGGGCGGGCCAUUCCCAUGAAGCAGGGCAUCCUCCUCAAACGCAGUGGCAAGUCCCUCAAUAAGGAGUGGAAGAAGAAGUACGUGACCCUGUGUGACAAUGGGGUGCUCACCUACCACCCCAGCCUGCACGACUACAUGCAGAAUGUGCAUGGCAAGGAGAUCGAUCUGCUGAGAACCACGGUGAAGGUCCCGGGCAAGCGGCUCCCCAGGGCCACGGCAGCAGCAGCGCCCAGCGCCAGCCCCAAGGCCAACGGGCUGGCCAAGGAGAGGAGCAGCUCACAGCUGGCAGGAGGCACAGGCGCUCCCCACUCGACCAGCAGCACCUCCCUGCACUCGGAGCGCUCCAUCAGUGGCAUCAACCUGGUUGGGUUCAGCUCCAAGCCGGACGGGAUGCACCAGCGCUCCUACUCCGUCUCCAGUGCGGACCAGUGGAACGAGGCCGUGGCUAUCCCCGGCAGCUGCCCCAACCCCUCUAACGGUACUGCCGACUCACUCAGCUCCAGCCCCAACAUUUCCAGUGCUGCCAGCCCAAAGCUGGAGCCGCCUCCGUCACCACAUGCCAACAGGAAAAAGCAUCGCAGGAAAAAGAGCACGGGGACAACUCGGCUCGAUGGCCCCAGCACAGCAGCAGAAGAGCCAGACGAGCCGUUUGAGUUCAUUAUCGUGUCACUGACGGGCCAGACGUGGCUCUUUGAAGCCUCAACAUCAGAGGAGCGGGAGCUCUGGGUGCAGGCCAUUGAGAGCCAGAUCCUGGCCAGCCUGCAGGGCUGUGAGAGCAGCAAAAACAAGGCUCGGCUGGGCAGCCAGGGCGACGCGCAGGCCAUGCAGGCCGUCCGCACCGCGCGCGGGAACAGCUUCUGCGUGGACUGCGACGCACCCAAUCCGGACUGGGCCAGUCUGAACCUGGGUGCUCUCAUGUGCAUCGAGUGCUCCGGGAUCCAUCGCAACCUGGGCACCCACCUGUCCCGUGUGCGCUCCCUGGACCUGGAUGAUUGGCCCAGCGAGCUCCUCAUGGUCAUGGCGGCCAUCGGCAACGCGCUUGCAAAUGCUGUCUGGGAGGGCAUGGUGGAGGGCUACCCCAAGCCCACGCCUGAGAGCAGUCGGGAGGAGAAGGAGCGCUGGAUCCGGGCUAAGUACGAGCAGAAGCUCUUUCUGGCCCCUCUGCCCCAGUCUGACAUCCCGCUGGGGCAGCAGCUGCUGCGGGCCGUGGUGGAGGAUGACCUGCGCCUCGUGGUGACGCUCCUGGCCCACGGCACCAAGGAGGAGGUGAACGAAACCUACGGAGAUGGGGACGGGCGUACAGCGCUGCAUCUCUCCUGUGCAAUGGCCAAUGUAGUGUUCACACAGCUGCUCAUCUGGUACGGAGUGGAUGUGAAGAGCCGGGACGCUCGGGGCCUGACCCCGCUGGCCUACGCCCGGCGAGCCGGCAGCCAGGAGUGCAUCGACAUCCUGCUGCAGCACGGCUGCCCCAGCGACAGCGCGGCCACGCUGACCCCCAGCCUGCCCCGCCGCAACGCCAAUGCCAACAACAACGCCUGCACCGCGGCGCCGCCGGAGCUCAGCGCCAGCCCCGCCACAGCCUAG